UUUCAAUCUUAUGAUCUGCAAUAAAACAUGGUCACCACCGAUUCCUUCAAUGCAGCAAAAUUUUCAUCCCAAAUCAGUUUCUUUCCAUGCGCAUGGAAGCGGGGAGGCUCAGGUACUCGCGCAGAUGGCUGUGGGCUCGAUCGAGCAUUCGCAAAAAUAGCAUGGAAAUGAAGCCGAUGUGCCACGAGCACGUCGAGAAAUUCAGCAUGGAGCCACACGAAGAAAAUUUGCCAUCCAGCGAUCUGAGCAGUGACAGAGUAGCAGCCGAUCUAGAGUCAACGCCAUGGAAGAAGGAACUUUGGUUCUGUGGAGCAUCCCGAGAAAGGACUCUGAUGUCGAAAGCAUAAGACGAUAGAGCGCAAGUCAUCGGCAUUGUGAAUGCAGCCCGGGCGAUGUGGUAUUUCUGUUCGUAGGCCGGAUCGAUCGCUGCUCGAAAAAUAUAGGCACUGUGCCUCGACGUCGGUAGAUCGACCGCCUACGAGAUCGACGAGCACUCGAGGAUUUGUGCUCGAAUCGGCGGUUGCUGCUGCUGCUGGGAGGGAGCCGAGCUUCUUUCCACGAUGGAACCUCCACCCGAGGCCGACCCGAUGGCAGAACAAACGAAGAAAUUUAAGAGAUUGGGCGAGUACGUGUACGAGCUCCAGCACGAUGAGGACCCGGAGGCCGUGAUCGUGUUCUUCCACGGCCUUUUGAUUCAGGAGACGGACACGGGCCACGCUUUCUGGAGCACGUGGACGAAGCGAAAUAAACCUCUCGAAUGCUGGCCCGUGACGAUGCUUCCGAAAUUUUGGGAAAGCAGGGCAAAGAGUCCUCCUCGCCCUUUCAGUAUUCGUGUGCUCGCGGUCUCGUACGAGGGACGGACGAGCGUGCAUCCAGACAUCGGGACGGCCGGGACCGACAAGUACCUUCUCGCCGAGAGUUUAAUCAGUGAGCUCAUUCUGAGCCGUCAGGACUUGAUUCGAGGAUCGAAGGCGGUGGAGGACAACGAAGUCCCCGUCUUUCUGGUCGGCCACGACCUCGGAGGGAUCAUAAUUAAGAAUCUCGUCAUGCAAGUGGAGAGUAAAAUUGCCAACAAGGACGAAGACGCCGAGAAAGAAAAACUGCAGAAUUUUCUCAGCAAUCUGAACACUGUGUUCUUCUACGCCACACCUCACAGUGGAUCGCAAGCCAUCGAGGACUUGGCCAAGCAAAUCCCCGAAGACUCACGCAAUCAGAUGCUCACUCUGAUGAGCGUUCUCGGUACUGAUAUGGCCAGAAUCAACUCAGAAUUCAGCACUUAUCGGUCCGGCAUUGGCGACAAUCUGAACCAUCCACGAUUCAAAACUUACGGCAUCGUUCCAACGAGUUUAACCAACCAGAGGGGUUUCGACAGGACGAUGGUCGUCCCGGAAGCAUCUGCUAGACAUGAUAUGGACAUAUAUUUCUCGGUUCGAGAUGCUGAUCACUUUCAGGUUUGCCAGCCUGAAGGCACUUGGUCCGGUUCCAUAACGCCACUCGGUGACAAAGUUUACGAGGAGGUGUCGGAAAGCAGAGAAUUAGAAGACUGGAGGAUAUUCAAUGCACAAAGAAUUGCUGCUGCAGGAAGAGCUGCUGGAAGUCCAUUAGAACUCCAGCAGUAUUGAAUGCUGUGAUUGUCGUUAAUCGAUGCAAAAAUUUCACUGACAGGUUUAGUGUAUUAGAUUCGGGAUAAAGUAACUUGCAUGGUAGUCGGAUGGAAUUACUGCAGCAGUCGAAGUGGAACCCUCCGGCCGUGAUCGAGAGACGUGACAUGAUAAAAAGGGCUUCGACAUGCUUGGACAUUGUAUAGAGCUUUGAAGUGUUAAUUAGGUUCGAAACGAGAAAUUCACUUCGCCUUCUACUCUGGAACUAUUGGGAUUAACUUUACAGCGUCCUGUCUUGUGAAAGGUCUAAACUAGAAUCGUGCUCGACUUUUGUACAUGUCAUCUACAUAAAAUCCUUGUCAAAUCAAGCUUCUGUCC